CUCGCGAGGCAUUACCUUUGUCGUGUAUCUUACUCGUUCUUUUGUAAAAAUAACAUGGUUUUAUGGAAGUGAAGGGUGAGCGUGUGAUUACGAACUAGCCUGAGUAUUGGAAUAACAUACCUGAUGACUUUACUGCGGAGGCCUCUGUGCCUGCUGGCCUGCUCUCUGCUCUGUGUCUCUGUGUGUGCUGGGACCUGCUGGCCAGGAGAGUUUACAUGUGAACAGGGCUGGUGUGUGUCUGAGGACCAUGUGUGUGACUUCACUGACUACUGUGGGGAUGGCAGCGAUGAGAGAAAUUGUUCUGGAUACACUAGGUGUGACUUUGAGCAGGGGUUCUGUGACCUGUUACCCAGCUCUGAAACACACUUAGGAUGGACCAGAAGAACAGGGUUCAACACCACCGGACCCAAACACGACCACAACAACCAAUCAGCUCAUUACCUGGCUCUGUGGCCUGUGACAGGAGAGACAGCACGGGCUUACUUGAGGAGUCCUGUGUUCCUGCCCUCAAAGACAUGCUGGGUCAUCAUUCUAGGGGAGCUCUCUGGUGACAGUGACCCCUCUGAGAUCGUGGCCAUAGAUGACAUCUCCUUCAGUGAUGGUUGUGUGACUGUCCCUGACCCAGAUAACAGUGUUCCUCUGUCCCCAGUCCUUCUGUGCCCCCCCUCCUCCUUUACCUGUGUCAGUGGGGAGUGUAUUGAUGAGGGCAAGGUGUGUGACUUCACCCCACAUUGUCCUGGCGGGGAGGAUGAAGCCAGCUGCCGCUCCUUCUGUGACUUUGAGAGUGACUCUUGUGGCUGGCAUGAGUAUGGCUUUGCCCAGGGCGAUGGUUUCGACUGGGUCAGGGGCUCAGCAGUGACCGUACCACUGGACCACCAGGGCCAGAUCCCUCCUCUGGACCACUCCACCAACAGCAGCCAGGGCCACUUUAUGUUUGUCUUGAAGAACAGUAGCAGUAUUUCCCAGAAGGCUUUUCUCCGGGGCCCCCAGUACCGCCAGUCAGCCUCUGGGUGCACCAUGACCUUCUGGCAUUAUAACUCAGGCAUCUCGGUGGGUGCUGCAGAAAUGUACCUGCGUAUCGCUGGCAUGGACAACACCACCGUGCUGUGGCAAACCCUCUAUAACCAAGGGAACCACUGGAACCGGGUCACGGUGCAGCUGGGCCGAAUCACUCAGCCCUUCCAGUUCUUAUUGGCUAAGCUCAGCCUGGGCGUGUUUGAUGGAGUCUCCGCCCUGGACGACAUCAGCUUCCAAAACUGCUUGUUGCCCCCAGCGGUGGAGGCGGGGCAGUGCCCCAGCCACACCCACUUCCACUGCUUGCGGAGCCGGGCAUGUGUGGAGCACCUGCAGCUUUGUGACCUGGUGGACGACUGUGGGGAUGGCUCGGACGAGGAGGACUGCUCCGCGGAGCUGAUUUGUGACUUUGAACAGGGACUGUGUAGCUGGACCCAGGAGCAGAGCCACAAGGGAGGUGACAUCUUUGACUGGACGCACAUCCAGGGCCCAACGCCCACCCUCCAAACUGGCCCCUGGAAGGACCAUACCCUGGGCAACGUCAACGGUCACUACCUGUACAUCGAGUCCUCUGCCCCCCAGGAGUUUAAGGACACGGCUGUGCUGGUCAGCCCAGUGUUCCAGCCUACCCUGAACCGUGGUAACGGAAUGCCCAGCCUCGCCACAGGCCCCCGCCACCCCUGUGUGUUCCGCUUCCACUACCACAUGUUUGGGUCUCAUGUGUUCCGCCUGGCCGUGUACAUGAGGACCACCAAGCCCGGCCACGGUCACAUGCUGUGGGUGCGCUACGGCGACCAGGGCAACCUGUGGCACAGGAAAACUCUCUACCUCAACAGCGCCAAGCCCUUCCAGAUUCUGGUCGAGGGCACAGUCGGUGACGACUUCAAUGGAGACAUCGCCAUUGAUGACCUGUCCUUCCUGGACUGUGUGGUCUAUAAUGGGGACUUGCCCUCCGCGAGCCCCACCACCCCCUUCCCCCCGACGGAAGCCCCUACAGUCCAGCCCCACAUCUGCCCAGAGGGGAAGUUUGUGUGUGGGGCGCACGGAGAGUGUGUGGACCAGAGCAGGGUGUGUGACUUUAGACAUGACUGCUCCGAUGGGUUGGAUGAACAGCACUGUGUGAAGGAGGUAUGUGAUUUUGAGGGGGGCGUUGCAUGUGGCUGGGAGAGGGUCUGUCCUGCUCCCUCUGUCCUGCUCCAUUCAUUCCGCUGGCUCCCCGACCAGGGAAACACCGUACACCUCGGACAGCAGUACCACCGGCCAGUCAUCGACCACACACUUGGCAGUCCAGAGGGUUGGUACAUGUAUGCAGACAGCUCCAACGGUGGUUACGGCCACAUCACCGACCUGCAGACCCCUGUCAUCUCCUCCACCGGACCCCAGUGCACCUUGGGAUUCUGGUAUCACAUGAGCGGCUUCACUGUGGGAACCCUGCAGGUGUUAUUGAAGUAUGGAAAUGUCACCCAUGAAGUGUGGUCCCAGACUGGUAACCAAGGCAACAAAUGGAGACGUGGAGAAGUGUUUCUCGGAAUCGACCAUGACUUCCAGGUGAUCUUCCAGGCCAAGCGGGGGAUCAGCUACAUGGGAGAUGUGGUGGUGGAUGACGUGACCUUCCAGAACUGCACCCCUCCCCUCAGCCCAGAGCAGCCGUGUGGGCCUGAGGAGUACACCUGCUCCAAUGGAUACUGCAUCCCAGAGGACAACCUGUGUGACUUCCUCAACCACUGUGGAGAUGGCUCCGACGAGGACCCCUAUAUCUGCAAGGGCUUCAGUGGACACUGCAACUUUGAGUUUGACCUCUGCUCCUGGCGCCAGUGCCGGCAGGACAAUUUCGAUUGGCUUAUCAAAGCGGGCAGCACACCGACCACUGGCACAGGUCCAUCUACUGACCACACCCUGCGGGACCCGUCUGGCCACUACCUCUAUGUGGAGAGCUCUUUCCCCCAGGCAACCGGAGACGCCGCUAGAAUCUCAGGACCCCUCCUCAGCCGCAGGAGCAAGCAGUGCAAGAUCCGCUUCUACCUGCACAUGUCUGGAGACGGCUUAGGAACGCUGAACGUGUUCCAGGUCACCAGCUCCUCAGGUCACCAGCUCCUCCUCAACCUGACUGGAGACCAGGGAAACUACUGGCAGAGGAGGGACAUCCAGCUGACCUCUCAGGAAGACUUCCGGGUCACCUUCGAGGGCAAGGUGGGCCGCAACGCCAAGGGGGACAUCUGUCUGGAUGACAUCACCUUCUCACCAGGCUGCCUACUCUCGUCUACGUCAGAAGCACUGGAGACUCCACCCCCAUCAGGCUCCUGUCCUCUUGGCCACCUGCAGUGUGAGAACGGCCAGUGUUUCCAUCCAGACAAGAGCUGUGACUUCAUAGACGUUUGUGGCGACGGCACCGAUGAAAAGGAUUGUGGGACUUCCUGCUCUUUCGAGAAUGGUCGCUGUGGUUGGAAGAGCUCCCUGGCUGACAACUUUGAUUGGGCAUUGGGUGUGGGCUCGGUCCAGGGCAUAAGACCUCCAUUUGACCACACUCUGAAGAAUGAGCAUGGUCAUUUUGUCUAUCUGGAAGCUACUCCAGUGGGAUUUAAAGGUGAUAAGGCUCACAUGAAGAGCUCUGUGUGGAAGGAGUCCAGUGCCACCUGCAAGCUCACCUUCUGGUACUACAUUUCCCACAAAGCAUCAGGCACCAUCCGCUUACUGGUCAAGACUGAGAACAAUGGGGUGACGGAGGUGUGGAACAAGACGGGGAACCAGGGGGAGGAGUGGAACCGGGCGGAAGUUCCCCUGCGGAAGUUGAGGAACUUUGAAUUGAUCUUCGAGGGGAUACGCUCCAGAGACGUGAGCGGAGGGGCUGCACUGGAUGACCUCCAGUUCACAGACUGUGACCCCAGUGCAAUGGUGCCAGCGUCAUGUCCGGCGGUCACAGACUUUGUUUGCCAGAGCGGUGAUUGCAUCGAGUCCCACCUGGUGUGUGACAGCAAGGCCGACUGUGCAGACGAGUCGGAUGAGGUAGACUGUGGCCACAUUGUAGGCCUACCAGGUGCCUGUAACUUUGACAUGCCAAAGGACAUGUGGGAGGAGAUCUGCCAGCUGACUCAGGACCCUGAUGAUGACCUUGACUGGAGGAUUGGUCAGAGGAGAGACACCCCAGGAACUGGACCCCCAUUUGACCACAGCCCUGGUGGAGAAGGGAAGUUUCUGUAUGUGCACUCUGCCACAGAGAGAGAAGGUGACAUCGCCAAGGUUACGACGCGGAACCCAUUCCCAGCCAGUAUUGGCCUAUGUCACCUACGAUUCUGGUUCUACAUGCAUGGAUCAGACAGGAUGGGGACGUUAAAGGUCUACACCGUCGGCUCAAGCGGAGCCCGCCUGUUAAUGUGGGCCGCCAGUGGUAACCAUGGCGACCGGUGGUCCUACGCAAGUGUGAUCCUGUCCAACACAACUCCCUUCAGAGUGACCUUCCAGGCAGAGGUGGGGGGUGACGUGUGGACGGACAUCGCCCUGGAUGACAUCUCCUUUACCACUCAGUGUGUGGUGGGGGGUCCUGUGACUCCAGAGCCUCUGACCUGUGGCGCGGGUCAGUUCCAGUGUGUCCACUCCUUCCAGUGUGUCCCUCUGUCCUGGAGGUGUGAUGGGGAGGAGGACUGUGGUGACCAGUCAGAUGAGGAGCAGUGUCCCAGCCUUGUCCCAGGCACCCUGCCUCCCCAGGACCACUGUCCACACCCUGACCAGUACCAGUGUUUAAACAACACCUGUCUCCCCUCCCUACUACGAUGCGAUGGAGUCUCUGACUGCCCCUAUGGAGAGGAUGAAUACAGCUGCCCUCUCCAGCAGUGUGCGUUGGGGUCUCUGGUGUGUGAGAGUUCGUCCAGUUGUGUCCCGCUCCAGAAGCGUUGUGACCAGAUCGUUGACUGUCUACCCUUUGACUCUGACGAGUCCAGCUGCCAUGAAUGCCCUCCGAGAUACUGUCUGCAUCAUGGAGAGUGCCAUGUGGAGAGGCAUGGGCCAAUGUGCAUGUGCCAGGAUGGUUGGACAGGAAACCGUUGCCACGUGAGACCAAAGCCCUCUCCCUCUUCCUCAAUCUCAACGGCCCUGCCAGAGGAACCUGGACUAGAGACUGUGUAUGCUGGCAUAGCCAUUGGAUUGACCCUGCUGAUUCUUGGUAUUGCUGUCUGUGUCCUGUUUGUAUUCCUAAAGAGACACUAUUUGAACAAACGUGACCUGAAGGACUUUGAGGUGAUGGACAACCCAGCCUUUGAUUGGAGGGCAGAGCUCCCCAGUCUGGGAACUUGCCCUAGACUUAACCCCAAGACGAGGGAGGGUCCUGGGCAUCCCAUCAGUGUCUACCCCUGGAGGAGGGACGCGGAGUGGGAGGGUCCAGUCCGGAGAGAUGCCAAACUGUCAUUCCCAAACCCUCUGUACCAGUACCCCUCCACUGCCAAUGGGGCUGACUGCAGUAGCUCUGAAGCAUAAAAACAACAGAUACUCUACAUACACUACUGUGCCAUAGCCAAUACUCAUGUCAACUUUACUGUAUACAUUUGUGACCAACCACCUCGAUUCGGUCUUAUGUAGCAACAUUUGAAAUUGUUUGUUACAUUGGAUAAAAGUAGAGACUCAGAGCUAGAAAAUGGUAUAUCGCAUACUGCAGUUGAGGAACCAUGGAAAAGCAAUUCUGCUUUGAAAGUUGAUAAACUUGUAACCCCACUUUUGAGAAAACGUCCCUUGAAUAAUUUGGUACACCACCUGGAGAGCUCUUCUUUGUCUACACCCAUUCAGCAUCAUUCACACCCUCUUAAGCCUUAGCCCCAUCCAUCUCUUUAAGGAUGCACACAUGAGGCCAUGUGCUUAACAGAGUGAGUAGUGUAGUAAACAACCAAAGGUUUCAAGACUAAAAGUGGUAAAAGUAGUAGCCUACAAUAAGA